UCUUUGAUGAGGCGGGAAACACGAAUCUAGGCCCACUGAAGACGGCUCAGUGAAUUGUUGAAAGACACAAAUUGUAAAUGGUUUUACGCUACCACAAUAGUUGGAAAACUAUUUUAACAAGUUUAGAAAUUUAAUUAAUUAAUAGAAUAAACGUAUGUUUGAAAGAAACCAAGAAUAAAAGUGCUCCAAAUUGAAGGUUUUUUCGUCUGCGUUUUGGCGGGUGGCCAUCUUGAGAUGAUUGGAAAUAAACAUGGAGACAUUUUUCAGUUUUGUCACUCCGAGAUCAAACAGUCACUUGAGUGUGGACAAUAAAUCAGGCAAAAGGAAAUUCAAAUUCUACAAGAAUGGAAGCAAACAAGAGAGUGUCACGGUUGAAGUUCCAGCAAAAGGCACAAAUAAAACAAAUGUUGGAAGCUCCUUAUAUUCAAGUUCUACAAUUGUCAAUAAGAAUGUUUCAGGAAGAAGCAGUUGCAAUCCAUCCAAGGCAAAUGGAGCUUUCCAUCUAAAGAAGCAAGGAUCAAGCAAGAGAAACACUUUUACUCAAAGUCGCAUCAAGUCAAGUCCAGCAUUUCAAAAAGGUAACUGCAAUGAAACAGUUUCAGAUUCAAAAGUGGUUAGCAUUGACUUGACAUCUGAUGGACAAAGUGAACAGAAAAUAUCUGCAGAAGACUGGAAACAGGAUGCAGCAUUUGACAAUUUAGAUGAUGAUUUGUUCGAAAGUGAAAUAGAAUCAGAAAUUGGUAAAGAAAAUUUAUUUAGUCACAUUGACACUGGAAAUAUUCUUGAAGAUCGACAGAAAGAAACAGCAUUUAACGAGGAUGAUUUUUUUGAAGAUGAGAGUGUUUUUGAUGACGAGGACAUUGCUUUGUUUGGCUCGCCCAUCAAGCAAAACAAGAAACAGGAGAAAGAACAAAUGGAAAAAGAAAGUAAAGACGAACAAAGUAUAAAUAGCACGAAGAGACAGUUUAGGUUUUACAAGACUGGAGGCAGCUUUCAGACUGUUGAUGUGGCUUCUCCUUCAAAAUGCACUAGGCAAACAAAUGUUCCGGGAAUUUUUCCAAGCUCUACCAUUUCUACAAGAAGCUUUCCAGCCAAGAAUGAUUGCAAAUCAACAACAUCAAGUGGUCCUUUUCAUUUCGGUAUGCAAAAGCCGAGAAAAAAUUCUACUGGAAACCCAAGGCAGCAAAAGCUUUCAUUUGGACGCCCAGGCACGAAUUCUUUUACAUCCAAUGGCACUUUAAAGAAAAGCGAUCCAGCUCGAACAUUGUCAAAAGUAAACCGCAGUAAAACAGUUUCAGAUUCAAAGGGUGUAAAUAUUGACCUAACUUCUGAGGGACAAGGCGAGCGAACAUCUUCUCUGGGCGAUGGACGACAAAGUUCUUGUUUUCUAAACCUAGAGGAUAAUAUCUUUGAGGACGAAAGAGACACGCCCAGUUUUGACGAAGACGCCAAAGCUGCUCGAGUUUGCAAGCGAACGGUAAAUUCAAGUGGAAGGAAUUCGAGCCAGCCUUGGAGCAGAGGUGUUUCGCCUUCUGCAAGCACCGUCCCUUCGCCUCAACCUUGUGCCGAUGGGUUCUUUCAUAAUGGCUCACCUGUGUUUUCUACUGACGCGAAAUGGCCUGGGGCUAGCGGUGAAUCGAAUACGUCACAUCGUUCUUCAAACAGUCCCUGGCUAAACGCACAGAACUUGAACGCCCAAUACAGUAAUGUCACAACACAGGACAGGAAUUCUUCUCCUUCGUUCUACAGCACGCCAGCAUUUACCAUGUCAGAAAAUAAAAGGACUGCGAAACAAGCAAAAACUAACAGUGAUAACGCCCUUGAGAGCUGUUUUCUUGAUGAUAGCUUCAACAUUGACGAUUUUGAUUUACCUGAUGAAUGUAGUUCUUCGCCAUCGUCAUCUGCGCCGGAUGCCAGAUACACUUAUGCGACUAGCACGAAGCCGUUGCUCAAUUUAACCAAACAAACCAAAGCGGAAUGUCGCAGGGUGCAACAGAAAAAAAGUGAACAGAAGCAGAUACAGCCAGCACCAGAGAAGUACAAGCCUGAAGAUUGUCCCUAUUAUGGGGAAAUGAAGAAGAUUUUCAAGAAAGUGUUUGGCUUGAAUAAAUUUCGAACGAACCAGCAUCAAGCCAUUCUGGCAGCACUAGCAAACAAAGAUUGUUUCAUACUAAUGCCAACGGGAGGAGGAAAGAGUCUUUGCUAUCAGCUGACGGCGCUCGUUACGCCUGGCGUUACGAUCAUCGUUUCGCCGUUGCGCUCUUUGAUUUUAGAUCAAGUUCAGAAACUACUUUCUUUAAAGGUUCCCGCUGCCCAUCUGUCAAGCGACCAAACAGCUGCGAUGGAAUCACAAAUUUACGUCGACCUUCGUCGUUUAUCGCCUGAAAUCAAGCUACUUUACGUCACACCUGAAAAGCUAAGCAUCAGCGAAAAAUUGGCAUCCGCUUUGCAAAGCUUGAAUCGAAGGAAACUGCUUGAUAGAUUUGUUAUAGACGAAGCCCAUUGCAUCAGCCAAUGGGGACACGACUUUAGAAAGGACUACAAAAAGCUGCAUCUUUUACGUGAUCACUACCCUAAUGUCCCAGUCAUGGCAUUAACCGCAACGGCAACGCCUCGUGUACAAAAAGAUGUUUUGAAUCAACUGCGUUUGCGCAACCCGGAAAUCUAUAUCCAAAGUUUUAAUCGCUCAAACUUGCAAUACUCCGUGAGGCCUAAAUCGAAGAAAUCGCUCGAAGAAAUCGUGAAAAUGAUCAAGAGUCAAUAUUGUAACAACUCUGGAAUUGUUUACUGUUUGUCAAGACGAGACUGCGACACGGUAGCCCAGUAUCUGCAAAAUAAUCAAAUCCGUGCGAAACCAUACCACGCGGGGCUCGCUGAUAAAGCGAGAACAUCUGUCCAUGAAAACUGGCUGCAAGAUAAAUUUAAGGUCGUCUGCGCCACGAUUGCUUUCGGAAUGGGCAUUGACAAACCAGAUGUCAGAUUUGUCAUACAUUAUUCCCUGCCAAAAUCAGUCGAAGGAUAUUUCCAAGAAUCGGGACGAGCUGGUCGUGAUGGGAGAAAGGCUGUCUGUGUUCUCUAUUACGCAUAUUCAGACAUGCACAGGAUUCGCAGGAUGAUUGAGGGUGAACGCGAGUCAACGUUCGAAACUCGCAAAGUCCACAUGGACAAUUUAUUCAGAGUCGUUCAGUACUGCGAAAACAUCACCGACUGCAGGCGAGCACAGCUACUUCACUACUUCGGCGAGACGACUUUCGACGCAUCCGACUGUGCGGAAAAAGCGGAUACGGUAUGCGACAAUUGUAUAAGCGGAGAUGCGUGUCAUAUGCGAGACUGUACUGAAGCGUCGAAGCGGAUUGUCACCGGCGUCAAUAAAGUUGUACAUGAAGGAAGCUGGAACUUUAGACGGCCUCUUCGCAAGCCGCCGAAUCGACUGACAAUGAAUCAGUUUAUUGACGUUUUCAUGGGAAGCGAAAAGAGCAAGCUCAAAGAUGGUUGUACCCUGUUCAACGCUGCUAAUUCAGAGGAGCCAAAAUUCAGCCGAAACGAUGCAGAACGGCUUUUCAGAAACCUGGCAUUACGAAAUGUUCUCGAAGAAGAACUUGUUAUCGGGCAGCAUGACAAUGUUAUUUGUUAUCUAAAACUUGGCGCGAAGGCAACCGAUAUAAAAGACGGCAGAAUGCAGGUCAACCUUCCGAUGAAUAGCAGGCGAAAAUCCUUUUCUGGGAAAUCCAAGAAAGGUAAGAUAGGGUUCGAUGACGAAGCAGACGAGUUGCUCGCACUACGACAAGAGUGUCUCAUGAAGUUAGAAGACUCGCGAAAAGAAAUUGCACAAUCGAAUUUUGUCACCAAUCCAGAAUAUAUAUUGACCUCUUUAACUCUGGAGCAGUUGUCAGAGAAAAUGCCUACUUGUCAAGAUGAUAUGCUUAAUAUCGAUGGUGUAACCGAAGACAAGUACGCACAGUUUGGAGCAGAAUUUCUUGCUAUAACGAAAUCAUAUGCUGAAAAAGCAAGUGAAUUCAAAAGCAAAUCGAAACCUCUGAUGACUGGCCUAGAUGAAAUUUCAUCUCCUUACUUUGACAACGGUACAAGCUCCGCUGCCAACAAUACCGGAAAAUCUUUCAAGAAAUGGAAAGGAAGGAAAAAAUCGUACAAGAACGGCGGCAGGGGCAAAAAACGCAAAGCAACGAACUAUGGUAACAGUAACUAUGGUAACAGUAACUAUGGUAACAGUAACUAUGGUAACAGUAACUAUGGUAGCAAUAACUAUGGUAGCAAUAACUAUGGUAGCAAUAACUAUGGUAGCAAUAAUGGCGGAUGGAAGACAACAGUUCCAAAGCAAGGUGGUCCGGGGUUUCUUGGAGUACCCAAGCCAAAGAGAGCCAGGACUGAUUACAGCUGA